CAAACCGGGCCCGCUUAGGGGAUACGUCAGUAGUUAGCACAGUCAGCUACCGAAGUGGGCCCCGCCGGAGCUGCUAGCCAAUACUGUGCGCGAGCUGCUGCUACUUCCCAGAAUCUUCCCUCUUCUCUUCUUCCUCCGCAAACAAAAAAAUAAUUCCCUCUGCCCCGGCAAAUCUUGGUGAAGGGGUUAGCCAGACCUUUCUGGCAGAUCAAAAUAAAACCCUUGUCGACAAACCGAUCUGCGGCAAGGUCGUCCUCCCGUGAAGCAGCGUUUCUAGGGCUCCGAUUAGAACUCGUCGGAGGUUUCCGGGAAUCGGCCGGGGGCGGCGGCGAUGGGGAUUGUCAGGACCGGGUUCAAUUUCAUGCUCGGUACGUUCUUCGGUAUCUACAUAGCUCAGAACUAUAACGUGCCUAACAUACAGAAGAUGGCCAACACCGGGAUGGCCAUCGCCAAAAGCAUCGAGGAGUCUAAUAGGAAGCCCAAGAAGAGAGACGCCGAGGAUUGAAUUUGAUUCUCUUUCCUUUUAGGAUUUCGGUUUUGGUUAUCACAGUGUUGUUUCCUUAUUGCGUUGCGCCUUCGAUUUGGCGAUGCCAUUUUUUGUUAGAGGAUUGUUCAGGUCUUUUUCUCUCUUUUAAACCUUUAUUUCUGACUUGCUUGAAUAUCCAACUUUGUCAAUGGAAAUCAGGGUGAAUAAAUUGAAUUACUUUGCCCCUUUUCGUUCUUGCCAUCUUUGGAAAUUCCCAGUUCUACUUCAGAAGUCUCUUUGUGCUGUUUAAUGUGAUAAUGGGUUGUACAGAAGCUUCUUCCUUGUGCUUUGUUAAGCUUGAGUUGCUUCAAGAAUCGCAAUGAUAGUGUUGUAGCCGACUUCUCUGAAAAAUGUAGUGCCAAGAGCUUAUGGAGUUAGAAGCAAGUCAUGUAUCCUAUGAUUGUAAUGCACCACUCAUUGCAUCUGUGGAUGGAAUUUAGUUGUGGUUUGUACUGUAAGCUCAAGUAUCUUUCGGUUGUUAAUCAUGAAUUUUCAUGCCAUUAUCUUGCAGAAGGAACAAAGUGGGAAACAUUUAACAUUUGUAGAGUGUAAAGAAUGUGCUGUCUGUCGGGUUUUAGUGCAAAUGUGGACAUAUCUUGGCUUAUACUACUAUCUGCUGAUCACUGUUUCCAUAAACUUAUGAUCGUCAAUUAAUUCACGUUCAAGGAGAACACUCAGUUUCUUAAUUGCUGUGAGGCAGUCAAAUAUAUUGGGUGGAGAGCGUGUGAACCGGAGGUAAGUUAGGCUUUAGUGAUGCAGAAUUCUCUGAAACAGGCAGUAGCCUAUGAGUUCUUUGAUUCUCUUGGCUCGUCCAUUCACUUGCUAGCUUAUAGCUAAUCAACUGGGUUGGUAAUCCACAGUCUAUGGUCUUUGGUAUGAAUAGCAUUGAUAUUAUUGUCUAUGAUAUUUAGCUACAAAAUAUAGUGACUUGUCUCUGCAAACAGUUAGCAGUAGUAAGUAGCUGAGGCCUUUGACUUAUUCCAUAAAAAACAGAUGAAAAUCUCAUCUACAAGAUAACAUAGCCUAUCUUAGCUGCUUAAGGUGCACUGUAUUUCAGCUGAUGGUUAGGUACUUGUGCCUGUCUCCUGCAUUGACUGAAGCUGUAUCAGCAUUGUUGGAUGAGGAGCUACAGCCAGAGGUUUGGUUACUUAGUGCAAUGAGCGCCAGUCCGCAAUGGUUGUAAUUUUGUCGGAGUACACAAUGGAUAGUGAACUUUGGUCAAGAAGUUCCACUAUCUCUUCCAUCUGGCCGAGGAGGUAGACAGCUUCCCUUACACUUGCUUUUUUCUCUUCAAUUGUGCUUUUCAAACACUUACCAAAUACAAAUGGUCUCAAGUUAGUGAGACUAGCUGCCAAUAUGUCGGAGAUCAGCACAACUAGUGUUCCAAAUAAGCUUUCCUCUGAAGUGCUGCUGUUGUGGUGAUAAAUGUGCAGAAUUGUGUUGCUUAUCCUGUAGAUGGAAUUAGCUGCCAAUGCCUCAGCAGGCCAUUCUGAAGGGCUAACUUUUGGGCAUUGUGUUAGAUAUGUGCUCUUAAAGUUUGCAAGCCUUUCCUUUCCAGCUUCAACAAGCCGUUCUAGUACAUCUCUUGUGCCUUUUUGAUUUCAGGGAUAGUUGGUGAAGAUCCAAAUCUAACCAUUUGUGGUAAAUGUCGACCCCUGACCACACAUGAUAUGCUGCUCUUCUUAUGUUUGGCAGCUCUUCUUUCCCAUCCUCGUAUUCUUCUAUGAGUUUGACAUACACAAGUCCCUCAUGUACACUGCGUAUCAAGUGUUUAACCGAACAACUACUGACAUUUGGGAGUGAAACUGCAAUCGCUGUUAAAGUAACUAUAGGAAGAGACCAAGAUUGUGGAGGUUCUUCACCUUCCAGCCUGCAGACUUGGUCGGAGUCGAAUUCUGCUACUCCCUUGAAUCCUUCCGUAAAGGUUGCCAUUUUUAACAGGUCUGUGAGGUGUUUUGGCUGUUUCUUUUUCCCCUUCCGCAUCCAAUGAUCUGUGGCAGUACAAUUCUUCCUCAUUGUCACUUCCACUAGUUCUUCCUCACCUUCAAGAUGCAAAACAAAGUGGCUUAGAUCUAUUUUAUUGGUCUCAAGUCCUUGAUCAACUGAAGUGCCAUUACUUGGUAACAACCUCUUCAACUUGCAGCAGGAAUCAUAGACCCUAACAAUUCUGCACGCGCAUAAGAUGCAGAUGCAUUGAACCAAUUUGCAUGCCAUCACGAUUCCAAUUUGUGCUUGAAUACAAGUGUCCAAGAAGCUGCGCUUUGCUUUAUAUGCAAGUUUUCGGAGUUGCUGGCUUUCUAUGUGUAUGAAUGGACACUCUUUGAUCUCCACCAAGUACUGAAUCCAGUACUUCUCCACUUUAAAAUAUGUUCCUCUGUUACUUUUCUUCCCAUUUUUUGGUAACCUGUAAAACACUGAUGUGAACCAUCUGACUGCUGGGGCAACAGUACCGACCCCAACUGCUACAGUCUGUGCAAUCAAAACUAAAGUGGUUGACCACUUGUAGUCAGACUCCCCUACACAAAACUUGAAUGACCCUGGCAUGUAAAAUGAGCGCAACAUGGCAUCUGCAAGAACUGUGGCGCUAAGGAGACACAGUGCACCUGACGCAGUAGAAGUAACUGAACGGGCCAUUACAAAUUGAGGGUUGCUGGUAUGUGCCAUUAUCCAGAACUUCAUCAGGUCUUCUUUCAACUCCCCUGGUGUUCUUGUGUUUAUAUCCUUCAACCCUUCUUGCAUAGUCAUGUCACAUUUCUUCUUGUACUUGAACUCUAAUUCCGUCUUUGUUGUUACCACAGCUAAAGCUGAGGAGCCCAAGAUCAUGAGCAUGACAAGCAUAAGAGACAUCAGGACAACAUGCUCCCACCAGCAAAUAUAGAUCACCCCCGUGCCCAGUUGGAUGGCAAUGUUGACAAAAACAGCGACCACCAGUAUAGCGAAGGCCAUGAUAUUCAUCAUGAUUUCCUUGUUCUUCGCUGUUCCUAGUGAUGGCAUCGAGUUUGCAAUUGUCACGCAAAGCAACACCGCACUGCUGAGCUUGGAGAGCUGGUCGACUCGGCUGGGCAUGGGGGUGUUGAGAUCCACUGAGAACUUGACUGCUACUGCUAUUAUGGUGAGUGAAGUGGCGUUGAUGGAAAAGAACCGACUAGGGAACCAGAAUUUUCUGUGACGAAUACCAUGGAUGAGGUCAGCAGCCAUGGCAACUGCACAGACUAGAGAUGCUGCUGCUACAUAGAGUCCAAUCCAUGGUAGAGGUUGAGUGUACUUUUCUUCAUUCAGGUUCCCAUCAGCACUGCAACCCACCAUUUGAGGCAAAUUUUUUGCUACUGGGUCGAGUUUUCCUGAAGCUUAUAGGAAAGAUAAAGUACUUGGUUUUCGUGGGUCAAUGGUUAAUUGUAGAAGAUGAAAGCCUUUCUGGAAUGAAGCUGGAAGAUGUUUGAUUUAUCAAACCCAAGUGAAUGAUCUAGAAUUUGUUUGGUUUAGACCAAAAUUCAAAGGCAGAGGAACCCAGGCGACUCGGCAGUCUUCGGCUUUACCAGAAAUAAAUGAUGAGAGGACUAGAAGCAAGUGAGCGGUUCAUAGAAUCAUACAUGAUUGACCGUUAUAUUGGAAAAAAUUAGAUGAAGGAUAUCCGAAUUCUUUCGAGGCCUACUGAUUGUUGUCGUAUAAAUAAAAAUCGGGUCCCAACAAAUGAUGACGAUUGAGGUGUUGAUCAUAUCAGCUCGAGUGUAUAGAGGUUGCAGAUUCCAGUGUAUUCUUCUCAUUCAAAGUCUGUAGUGUUGAAUCUUGACCCUAGACUCUUUGGCAGGUGGGCCCACAGUGCCAUCCAUUGUUGAGGAAAUGACAAACUGAUUUUCUAGUAAUCUGAGUACCCUGAGGUGAGCUUUCUUCUUCUUCUUCCGAUUGCCAAGUUUUUGUAGCUUUUGGUGGUUCUUCUUCAUGGUUACGACUUACGGCAGGGUUCCUUCGUGGUGCUAGUGGUUUUAUGUUAUUAUUAUUAUGAUCUUUUACCAAGAUCAAUUCAGUUCAAAUAAGUUUAGUGACAAAUAAGUGAAUAACUUCCCUGUUCAUUGUGAUUGUGCUGUUGCAAUAUCAUUGUGUUCCACAAUCUGCAGGUCGGUGGCAACUGAGCGAGGAUUCAGUGCCUGAUUUUAUGUGAGUUAUGUGCAAAUAGGAGUGGGUAAGUAAUCAAGGACUCACAGUUAU